AUGCCACCACAAUUCCCAUCCUAUCACCGCGGCAUGACCGCACAGCCACUCAAACCAGUCAAACGGUAUCGUCCUGGUAAAGCGCUCCCAGAAGAACAGUCAUCAGAAGAGGAAGAAGACGAGGAAGAAAUUGCGCAAGAAGAAGAGAGACGGAAACAGGAAGAAGCGGAACGGCGUCGAAAAUCACAACAAGCACGACAGGCUCCAAAGGCAACUUCUUUCCCAGGCUCUGCGGCUGGCAAGGUUACAAAGGGUGUCAAGAAUGUGACGUUGGAAGAUGAAGAUGAGGAAGGAUUUGUUACGGAGGAGGAAGAGGAAGAGGCCGCAGUAGCUAAGCCGAGUACAGUUCAAAGACCGACUGUACCAGGCCAAGCGCCUGCUGCUGCUGUGGAAUCUGAAGAAGAAGAGGAGGAGGAAGAGGAAGAGUCCUCUGAAGAGGAGUCCUCUGAAGAAGAAAGCUCAGAAGAUGAGGCACCAAAGAGAGUUCUUCUUAGGCCGACAUUUAUCAAAAAGGAUAAGCGAAAGGCGAAUGAAGAAAACGGUGGACAAGCUGCGUCCGCACCGGGUGUUGCCGACACAGCAGCAGAGGCAGAAGCACGACGAGCCCAACGACAGGAAAAAGCAGACUUCCUCGUCCGUGAUCAGCUAGAAAAAGAAGCCAUGGCUCGACUCGCGGGCAAGAAAGCAUGGGAUGAGGACGAAAACGUAGCCGCCGAAGAAGAAGCCCUCGAUGAUCGCGACGGUUUAGAUCCCGAAGCAGAAUACGCAGCCUGGAAACUCAGAGAACUCAAACGCAUUAAACGACAGCGCGAAGCAAUCGAAGAAGCCGAAAAGGAACGUGAGGAGAUCGAGCGACGACGAGCUCUUGCCCCAGAAGAGCGAGAACGUGAAGAUCAAGAAUUUAUACAAAAACAGAAAGAAGAAAAAGAAGCCGGUCGUGGUCAGACUGGGUUUAUGCAACGAUACUUUCACAAGGGUGCUUUCUUCCGGGAUGAUCUUGAGCGUGAAGGGUUGGAUAAGAGGAAUAUCAUGGGUGCGCGAUUCGCGGAUGAAACGAAUCGUGAAGUUUUACCAGAAUACAUGCAAAUCCGCGAUAUGACGAAAUUGGGACGAAAAGGUCGAACAAGAUAUAAGGACUUACGGUCUGAAGAUACGGGACGAUGGGGUGAAGGGUUUGAUAAUCGACCGCGACGACCUCGUGAUGAUGAUAAGUUUCUGCAAAAUGUGACCGAUGAACGAUUCUUGCCGGACAGGGAUCGUCGCGGUGACGGCCAUGGAAGAGACGCGACAGCUACCGGGGCCAAUUCCAGCACCGUCAGAGAAGACCGUCGCCGCCAUCGGUCGCAUUCGAGACGGAGAUCUAGCAGGUCGCGCUCGCGCUCGCAUUCUCCAAGGAGAAGAGAUUAUAAAAGAUACGGUGAUGACCGUCCUCGAGACAGGAGUAGGGAUAGGGAUCGGUAUAGGGACGAUCGACAUGAUCGGGACAGGAGAGAACAGCGGAAGAGGAGUCAUUCGCCUUAUGAUGAUCGAGACAAACGUCGUCGGACGGAGAGCAGAGUGUCCCCUUGA